AUGGUUGAAAAGCCCUCGAUUGAAUUGGUCGACGCCUCAUUCCCAGACCAAUCCAUUGCCUCGUCCCCGACGAAACUCCCCUUUAAGUCGCGGGUCAUCGCCCACUUCAAGCGGCGAUGGUGGGUGCACCUCAUACUCCUGACGGUCGUGGCGCUCGUCAUCACACUUCCCUUAGUGUACGUCGGCUACCCGCGAAUCGCCCAGAAUGGGAUAAACGACUCGACGCUCCGCAUUACCUCUAUGGAAAUCUCCUCUCCAACACCCUCGGGCUUCCACCUACACCAGGUCCAAGUCCUAGGCUCCAACAGCAUCUUCCACCCGAAGCUCUACAGCUUUAACGCCGGGGUUCAGCUGCCCGGGUAUGAUGACCCGAUGAUAAAUAUCACAGUGCCGAGCAUCCAGGCGAAUGACGGAGCCACAAUCGAAGUCAACCAGUCAGUGGUAUUUGAGGACGCACGCAUCUUUGCCGAGUUCAGCAAGGCUCUUAUGCUGGAGAAGGAAGUCAGUCUGAAUAUCUAUGGCAAGCCGCGCCUGAAGCAGGCUGGGCUGCAUACAAUCACCGUUACCUAUAACCACACAAUUACAAUGAAGGGGCUCAACAAACUCAAAGGCUUCCAAGUGCUCGAGCUGAAGCUCGACCCGGGCCGCGAUGACGGAAUGAACGCCAAGGGCUCGGUACUCAUCCCCAAUCCGUCCGUCAUGACGCUGGCAAUGGGCAACGUGACCUUCGAUCUCUCCUCGGGCGGUACCGACCUAGGCCCCGCGGUGAUCCGCGACCUCGUUCUCCGGCCUGGAAACAACACAGCACCGAUCGUGGCGAACGUGGACGAAGUCGCGCUGCUUGGCAUACUCCCCCACCACCUGCCGUUCAUCAUCGAGAUGCAGGCGCUCGGGAACUCAAGUGUCUAUAACGGCAGCGAGUUGCCGUAUUAUACAGUGGCGCUGGAGGCGAAUCCGAUCACAUUUGAUUUUGAUGUCUCGCCGGCGCUGCCUUUAUAG